CAUCCAUUGAUCGAUCCUCUAAUCUUCACCGCCAUAUUCAGUAUAUCAUCGUCACUGUAAUUAAAUUACUAGCUGGCUAGAUCGAUAUCAGAAAUUCGAUUAAUAACCAUGUUCCUCGCUCGCUUUGUUGGGCUUGGAUCCCUGAUCAUACUAAUCCUCCUGCAGCUCGCACCCGCAAUAGAAGCUGCCCCUGAACUUGAACUCUCUGCGCCUGCUUGCAACGAAAUCAUACAGGAGCUAAUGCCUUGUGUUGGGUUCGUCAAGAAGGGAGGCAGCUCAGCCCCCACAGGGGCUUGCUGUUCCGGUGUGAAGGACUUGAGCAACAUCGCCGAGACCGACUCCGACCGACAGGCCAUAUGCCACUGCAUCAAGAAAGUCUUGCCUGCCGUCGGGGACCGCUACGAUCCCUCGCGCAUCCCUCUCCUGCCCAAGAAAUGCAGCGUCUCCAUCAAAUUCCCUCCUCUUGACAGCAAAACCGAUUGUACUAAGGUCUGAUGAGAGACACGGGCUUAUAUAUAUUAAUCCAUCCAUCCAAGGUAGACGACAACGAAGAAAGAAUCCCAGCUUCGUAUGGCACUAUAUUAGUAUAAAAAUUAAGCUGCGUGCAGUGAUUAAUGAAUAAAUCCAUCGAGAUCAAUUAAUAAAGCAGACAUAUGUGUGCAUACGUAUCGUCCACAUUAGUAUUUAACUGAUAAUGAUAUAUGAGUACAUGUACGUGUCCCGUGUGUUGGCUGUCUACAAUAUGCAGGCAGCCACCUGCAGUAUCUGAUCGAUCUCGAUCGAUCGAUGCUCACACGAACAAACUAUGUUCAAAUAAAAUAAAAAAAUUGGUGAUUAGAUGAGAA